AUUUCUAUCACAGCUCAUUAAUUGCAUGUCGAGUUUUUCAGUGGCACAUUGUUCGUUGCUUCGCUGCUCAUCUCCCUCCUCCUCCUCCUUCCUCCCGAGAACAAGAAACAGCACAAGUGUUCGACGAAAUGCCUGAAGGAUGCUCUCGCUCAGCACCAAUCAUAGUCAUAUGCCAAAGUCCCAUCACUCCAUCUUGGGUGUGAAGUUUUCUGUAGUCCCUUCUUUGAUUCUUGAGUUUAAUCCCAAGAAAAGGGCUAAAGAAUACAAGGGAGCUGCUAUUGUGAGUCGGUGCUUCGGUUUUACAGAGGUGAAGAGGGCGUGGAGUUUUGAGAGAUAUCUUGAUAAUUCUUGGUGUUGCUGGUGUAAACAGGGUGAAGGGGACAUAGAAUUGGAAGCCGAGAUUAUGGAUUUCAUGGCGAAAUCUCCGAAACCCACGAUGUUUCCAACGAUGGAUGAGUUAAUGGAAGCUGGAAGAGUGGAUUUGGUGGAGGCCAUAAAGAAGAAAGGCGGGUGGUAUUCGCUCGGUUGGGAUGAAAGAAAUGUGGGAGAUAACGUUGAGGAAGCAGUGGAUUUUGAUCUGGAAGAGUUUCAGAGGAGAGUUGAGAGUUGUAAAGAGAGUGCUUCUUUGAGAGAACAGUACCACGAUUCUUUUUCUCCCCACGGCAAACAAGAUGGCUUUUCUUAUGAAGUCAAUUCGUCUAAUUCUGCGAAUUUGUAUUCUUUGCAAUCGGAGGCCUCGGCGUCCUUGGGUAGAUCACUAGAAAAUGGUGCUGAUGAAGAGGUAGGGAUUCAAGGUAUAUUGAGUAGAUUGGAGAAGCAGAGGAAUAGUGAUUUCUCUAUAAAUUCAGGAAACAACAGAUCUGAAGCUAGUGGUAAGUUUGGUUCUGUGAAUCAGUACGAGAAGCUAUAUGCUAGGACUGACCUUGGAGAAAACGGCAGACUCAGCCAUGGUUUCCAUCAGAAAGCCUCAUUUCAUACCUUCGGCAACAACAAUAGCCCAGCCAAAAGUUGGAGAACAUGGAGCAAUCAGCAAGCAGGGUUCCAACAUACGGAGUUUGAAGCCGCUGAGAUUUCUUUCAGCAACAAUCCUGUGGAAAGUGAUAAAGAAAUUCGUCAUGAUGGAACAACUGUAAACACUGAGGAACAUGCUGAAGCUUGGGACAAACAUGAACAUAUCAAUCUCAAUCAAAUACGAACUCGUCUUCAGCAUCUGGAAUCUGAGCUCACCGAAGCUCUGCAUUCCUUGAGAUCUAAAAAAGAGGAAUACAUUUCAGAGGAGGUAUCUGGAAGCUCUAGUGAUUUGCAGAAGCUUUCUGAUGCAUGGGAAUUCCAACAGAAUGAAUUCAUGAGUGCUCAGGAGAGACUCAGGUCAAUUAGGGCCAAGCUGGCCGUAUUGGAGGGGAAAAUGGCAUUAGCAGUAAAUAAUGCGCAAAAGAUAGUAGACGUGAAGCAGAAGCAGAUAGAUCGUGCUCGUAAAGCAUUGCAACUUCUUCGGACCACCUGUAUAGUGUGGCCUAAUUCGGCUUCAGAGGUCUUUUUAGCAGGAUCUUUUGAUGGAUGGGCAACUCAGAGAAAGAUGGAGAAAUCAAGAACAGGCAUCUUUUCUCUGUACUUAAAGCUGUAUCCUGGUAGAUAUGAGAUCAAGUUCAUUGUUGAUGGCACAUGGAAAAUUGAUCCCCUGCGCCCUAUUGUGAACAAUAAUGGAUAUGAAAAUAACAUUCUUAUUGUUGCAUGAAUCAGCAAGCGCACACAGCAGAAGUAAGGAAGAAUUUUUUUGCAG